GGCGGGGAUACGAGGUGCAUCUGUUGUGCUGUACAGUCGUGCUUCCAGUGUACGGGGUGCUUGGAGUAUCACUUAUUCCAGGUUUCCAUUGAGAUAAAAGGUACAAGAAUUUGUUGUCUGGAGGGAAGUCGCUGUGAAACGGAUACCAUAAUGGAUGACUCUGAAGACACCAACGUAGCCGCAGCCAUGGGCUUCUCUGGAUUUGGGAAAAAGGCGCGGACGUUUGAUUUGGAAGCUAUGUUUGAACAGACCCGCAGAACCGCAGUGGAGAGGAGCAAAAAAGCAUUGGAAGAGCGAGAGAGAGGGGAAGAGCAUGCAACAAGCAAAGGUGCAGAUUUAAAGGCAGGUGCUUCAAGUUCUGGACCUAGGCGCGGUGAAGCAAGCUCCAGCAGUGAUUCUGAGGACGGCUCGGAUGACGAGUUAAUAGGACCACCUGCUCCUUCUCAUAUUUCUGAAGAUGAUAUGAUUGGACCGCCCGCUCCUUCUAGCUUGAAGGACAGUGAUGAUGAAGAGGAGGAGGAUGAUGAUGGCGAUGAUGAUAAUCCAGUGAAGCGAAUUCCAGAUUCACACGAAAUCACCCUGCAGCACGGCUCGAAGACCGUCUCUGCCCUUGGAUUGGACCCCUCCGGCGCCCGUCUAGUAACCGGUGGAUUUGAUUACGAUGUUAGGUUUUGGGAUUUUGCCGGAAUGGAUGCCUCCCUGCAGGCGUUUCGAUCGCUUCAGCCGUGUGAAUGCCAUCAGAUAAAGUCCCUGCAGUACAGUAACACCGGAGAUGUGAUCCUCGUAGUUGCCAGUAACUCUCAGGCUAAAGUCUUGGAUAGAGACGGCUUUCCUGUAAUGGAGUGUGUGAAAGGCGACCAGUAUAUUGUGGAUAUGGCAAAUACAAAGGGUCACACUGCCAUGCUUAAUGGAGGGUGCUGGCAUCCAAAAAUAAAGGAGGAAUUCCUUACCUGCUCCAACGAUGGGACAGUCCGGAUUUGGGAUGUUAACAAUGAAAAGAAGCAUAAAAACGUAUUUAAGCCGCGAUCCGCUCAGGGAAAACGUGUCAUUCCAACAUGCUGCACCUAUAGCCGAGAUGGCAAGCUUAUAGCAGCCGGGUGCCAGGACGGAACUAUCCAGAUAUGGGAUCGCAAUAUGAAUGUUCACACAAAGUUCCACUGCAGACAAGCGCAUGUUCCAGGCACGGACACAUCAUGCGUGACUUUUUCGUAUAGUGGAGUGACCCUUGCCACACGUGGAGGGGAUGACACUUUGAAAACGUGGGACAUUAGGAACUUUAAGAAACCUCUCCAUACAGCCUCUGGUUUAUCCAACAUUUUCCCGGUGAGCGAUUGUUGCUUCAGUCCAGACGAUAAACUUCUAGUAACCGGAACAUCAGUGAAGAAAGGAGGCGGCAGCGGGAAAUUAAUUUUCUUCAGCAUGGUGGACUUCCAGAAGGCUUAUGAAAUUCAGGUCACAGAUGCAAGUGUGGUCCGAUGUCUUUGGCAUCCCAAACUGAACCAGAUCAUGGUGGGGACUGGCAACGGAUUAGUCAAAGUGUACUAUGACCCAGUUAAAAGCCAGAGAGGAGCCAAGCUCUGCGUGGUUAAAACAAAAAGAAAGGAACGGCAAGCUGAAACACUUACCCAGGACUACAUUAUUACUCCUCACGCUCUUCCAAUGUUCAGAGAGCCAAGACAGAGAAGUACAAGGAAACAGCUUGAAAAGGACCGACUGGACCCUUUAAAAUCUCAUAAACCCGAGCCACCAGUAGCAGGGCCUGGUCGUGGUGGGCGCGUGGGCACUCAUGGAGGCACCUUGUCGUCCUUCAUCGUGAAGAACAUUGCUCUGGACAAGACAGAUGACAGUAACCCCCGUGAAGCCAUUCUACGCCACGCCAAAGAAGCAGAAGAAAACCCUUACUGGGUCGCGCCAGCGUAUUCCAAGACGCAGCCCAACGCGGUCUUUGCCGAGGUUGAUUCCGAAGAAGACGAACCAGACAACGAGCCCGAGUGGAAGAAGCGAAAGAUCUGAGCUCAGGAAGCGGGAGAGUUUAGCGCCUGUGAUUCACGGUCCUUACGCUGGAACAGGGAAAGCAGCGAGAAGAAUUCCGCAUCAGUUCCUUCAGUAUCGUCCUCCCAUCGUGUAGAGUAAUAUUUUCGCAUACUGUUUCUAAAGGGUUUUUUUUUUUAAUAAAAAUAAAGUUAAAAAAGUGUAA